GAAGAUAAUUAAACACACUCCGGAUAAAGAUCUCAAUGAUGAUGAUUUCUUUUGGGUCUCUGGGAACUUUGAGGAUUUUCAAGCUCAAAUUCCUGGCCGACCUAUAAAUUGGAAAAUGGGAGAGCCUGGUAAUUUUACUUCGGUCUUCUGCUUUGUGUGUUAUCUCGGUUGUUUUAGUCUAUUAGCCGAACUAACACUUCUCUCUUUUUUGCAGAUUUCGCCCAUCUCCAUUCCUUGUAUAGCUAUCCCAACCUCGGAGUCUUGCGAGCCGCAUUUCGGAUUAAGGAAAGAGAUUGGGCCAAGCUUCUAAAUUUUGAGCCGACCUAUCGCUACAGCGGUCGCCGAAAAGCAAGGGUGACUGACUUCCUUCUUGAAGAGGCACCGGAGCCGGACCCAACUUUGCCCGAAAUAAGACUUGUCCCUCUAACCGCAGAAGAAGAGAUGGCGAAAAGGAGCAGAGUCAGGGCCCUUCUUACCGAAACAACUAGGCCCGAAGUGGCGCCUCCCAGCCAACCGCAGCCUGCUGUUGUCGCCCUUCCUUCCCAACAGCCAUCCUCUUCCCGCCGAACCAAACGUGCCCGAACUUCCGAACCCGAACGAGUUUUGAUUGAUGAAGAAACUCCUAUUCAGCCGAGCUUACCACCGAGCCCCCAACCGGAGUCUUCCGACCGAACCAUCGGCUGCUGGGCACCGAAACUAACCUUCAACGACCGAGUCAUUCUAGACACAGACUCGGUCGUUGCUGAGAAAGACCACCUGUUGGCCAUCAACCUGGCCAAGAGCGUGUGUCUGCCCAAAGACAUGGAACAUCACCAAAAACAGUUAACCACCGAGCUGAAGUCCAUCCGGUCUGCUACUAAAUCCAUGAUUCUGGCUAUUCAGAAAAACCAAAUCACCCACAGGAAAGUACUGGAGCUGAGGAAAGUGACUAGGCAAUAG